AUGGAGAUAAAAUGUAAAGUUCAUCGCGGUAGUGAGAGAUGCGCUGGAUCGAACAAAACCGGUGGAGGCGGAUCAUCCGCUUCAGAUGUUACCCCGAUGAUCAGACAUGAGGGACCGACUAUAAGAAAGAAGUUUGUGGAGCCAACUGGCUCUGCUUCGCUUGGGGCGGCGUCACGGGCGCUCUUCGUGGAGAAGGUGCGAGCGUCUAAUGCGGCUUGCCAGGCUGGAGACUUCGCCACCGCCGUCGCCCUUUACACUGAUGCCUUAACUCUGGACCCUGCCAACCAUAUACUUUACAGUAAUCGGUCAGCAGCAAGAUUGAAGCAGGGUCAAUUUGCAGCAGCCCUACAAGAUGCGACAAGAGCUCGAGAACUUUGUCCCAAUUGGCCAAAAGCUUACUACAGACAAGGGGUGGCACUACAAUGUUUGGGUCGACAUGGCGAAGCGCUUGCAGCCUUCAGUUCAGGGUUGGGAGUGGAACCAUCUUCAAGGCAGUUGUUGGCAGCGCUGGUCGAGGCCUCCCUGAAAUCACCACUACGUACAACCUUGGAGCCUACUUUCAGACAGUUGGAAGCUAUGAAGCUGGAUCAAUCGCCUUUUGUUUUAAUAUCGGUGGUUGGUCAAGAGUUACUGGCAGCUGGACAAUACCAAGCUGCAGUCACUGUAUUAGAAGCAGCGCUGAGGAUCGGAUCAUGCUCUCUCAAACUACGGGGUUCAGUCUUCAGUGCUCUCUCAUCAGCGCACUGGGCGCUCAGUCAACUGGACGCGGCCAUCAACUACAUGCAGCAGGACCUGGCAGUGGCCAAGUCUCUGGGAGACACUGCAGGAGAAUGCAGAGCACACGGCAACCUUGGGGCUGCGUACUUCAGUCAGGGCUCCUAUAAGGACGCCUUGACGGCACAUCGAUACCAGUUAGUGUUGGCAAUGAAGUGCAAAGACACACAAGCAGCAGCGGCAGCUUUAACGUCAUUAGGUCACGUCUACACUGCAAUAGGGGACUAUCCCAACGCCCUAGCCAGCCACAAGCAAUGUGUCCAGCUGGUAAAACAAAUGGGAGACAGAUUACAGGAAGCAAGAGAGAUUGGAAACGUAGGAGCAGUGUACUUAGCCAUGGGAGAGUUUGACUCCGCUGUUGAUUGUCAUACGCAGCAUUUGAGACUGGCAAGAAGACUUGGAGAUCAGGUUGAAGAAGCAAGAGCAUACUCCAACUUGGGAUCCUCAUACCACUACAGAAGAAACUUCUCACAAGCUAUCGCCUACCACGAGAACGUGUUGAGGAUAGCACAGAACCUCGGCGACAGAGCCAUUGAAGCUAGGGCCUACGCUGGGUUGGGACAUGCCGCGAGAUGCGCCGGCGAUUACGCACAGGCUAAGAAAUGGCAUGAGAGACAAUUGGACGUCGCUUUAGCGGCUAGAGACAAGGUUGGGGAAGGUCGAGCAUGCUCGAACUUGGGCAUCGUAUACCAACUGUUGGGAGAACAUGAUGCAGCACUCAAGCUGCAUCAAGCACAUCUGUCGAUAGCCAGACAGUUGCAGGACAAAGCAGGCAUGGGAAGGGCCUACGGUAACAUAGGCAAUGCAUACUCUGCAGCCGGCUUUUAUGAGCAAGCCAUAAAAUACCAUAAACAAGAGCUCACUAUUUCCAAAGAGGUUCACGACAGAAGUUCUGAAGCUUCUACACACGGGAACUUGGCUGUGGCUUACCAGGCGUUAGGAGCACAUGAUAUGGCGCUUUUUCACUAUAGAGCUCAUUUAGGCAUAGCUCGUGAGCUAAAAGAUGCAGCAGGAGAAGCAUGCGCUCUUCUCAACCUUGGGAACUGCCUCUCCUCUCGCGGAGAGUUCGCUCAAGCCGUGCCUUAUUACGAACAACAUCUAAUGCUUUCCCAGGAGUUAGGAGAUGUCACUGCUGAAGCUAAAGCUUGCCACUUUCUUGGAUACGCCCACUAUUGCCUUGGAAAUUAUAGGGAGGCUGUCAGAUACUAUGAUCAAGACUUGUCCCUGGCCAAAGAUUUACAAGACAAAAUGAAUAUGGGACGAGCGUACUGCAACCUUGGACUUGCCCACUUAGCUCUGGGUAAUCUGGAGACUGCCUUAGAGUGCCAAAAGUAUUUCCUGGCGAUAGCACACAUGACACAGCACUUACAAGGAAAGUUCAGAGCCUUAGGCAAUAUUGGAGAUGUUCUAAUAAAAAUGGGAGAUGUUGAAGAAGCUGUGAAGAUGUAUCAAAGGCAACUUGGUUUUGCCAGACAAGCCCGUGAUCGAUCAUUAGAAGCAGCCGCAUGUGGGGCGCUAGGCCUUGCAAGAAGACUUCAAAGAAGAUUAGAUGCCGCGUUAGGACACCAUACUCAAGAACUAACACUUCGACAAGAGGCAGGAGAUGCAGCAGGUGAAGCGAGAGCUCAUUCACAUCUUGGAGCUGUGCACAUGGCUUUGGGACACUAUUCGCACGCAGCCAGGUGUUACAGGGAACAAUUGGAAAGAGCCCAAGAACUUCAAGACUGUGCGCUAGAAGCCCAAGCGUAUGGUAAUUUGGGUAUCGCCAAGCUUAACAUGGGACAUUAUGAAGACGCCAUCGGAUACUUAGAGCAGCAACUUGCAAUUCUGGAACGCGUAAACACUCCAACGUGUCAGUUGGACAAGGCCAGAGCAUUAGGAUCUCUAGGAGACUGCUAUGAUGCUCUCGGUGACCCUGACGAAGCCGCCAAGUACCAUGAGCAACAUCUUGCAGCUGCCCUCAAACUUGAUAACAAACGGGAGCAGGAAAGGGCUUACCGUGGAUUAGGACUUAGUCACAAAUCAGUCGGCAACUUGCAGCAAGCACUGGUAUGCUUAGAAAAGCGUCUGGUGGUAUCUCAUGAACUUGGUGUACCAGAAGCAAAGGCUCAAGCUUACGGAGAGCUGGGAGCUCUACAUAUAGCACUCAAUAACUUGGAACAAGCUGUAUUGUGUCUUGAUCACCAGAAGAAUAUUGCCAAGGAACUGAACAACCAGAUAAUGGAAGCAGAGGCAUGCCAUUCCCUAGGCGUGGCUCAACAUGCAUUGGGCGAUCACGCGGCAGCUGUCAGACACCAUCGUGCUGAGCUCGAGUUGGCACAUAGACUGGGUCUUACACAUCUACAGGCCCGAGCAUGUGGUGGGUUGGGAGCUGCGCACGCGUCGAUGGGUGCUCAUGCAGAAGCCGCCAGAUGGCACGAAUCACGAUUAAGACACGCUACCGCAGCAGGAGAUACAAGAGGACGUGCGCAAGCGCUGGCUGACUUAGGCAGAGCUCACCUUGCUAUGGGAGCUUGUGGCAGCGCAGUGUCAUACUUAAGGCAGGCUCUAGCGGCCACUGAGGGACUUGCUGAUGCUGAUGAAGAGGCCCGGGUACGUCACCGGUUAGGCUUCGCACUAUGGGCAUCAGGAGAGUUAGAGGAAGCCAAGGAGCAAUUGCAAGCGGCCCUGGCAUUGUUAGACGCGGCUGAACGACGCCAUCUUCGUUUGGCUGCAGCCCAUGCCGCCACGCUACAUGCCCUGCAAAGAGUGCUCGUCGAACUGGGUCGCCACCCCGAAGCUUUAGUCGUGGCUGAGAGAGGACGAUGCCGAGCAUUGGACACCGUGGCUGAGAAACCGUCCGGAACUCUUAACCAAGCCAAUCUCGAACUCCAUGCACAACAAAGAAACGCGGAAGAAUCUGGUAAGGAACGCUCGGAGCCCUGGAGCCCUACUACCGUGGAGCAAGUGCUAGAAGUUGUAAACAAGCAGAAAGCACCUGUGCUAUACUACAGUCUCGCAGCUGGCAGACUGUAUGCUUGGCUACUACAACCGCAUAAAGGUAUACUUAGAUUCCACCAAGUGUCUCUACUAGAGGAGGCAGAAGAUAAUGAUAACAGUCUCCCAGACAUCAGUCCAGAUGAUCUUCAACCUAACAAUGUGAGUGGUCUUGGCAAAUUGGAGCAAUACAUCAGCGAAUGGUCUGCUUGGCUAAAAGCGAAUGCCGAGCGUCGUGCUGAAGCUGAAGACCAAUGGGAUCCUGAUGAUAGACCGAAUACAGGUCUAGCGAGAAUGGUGACACGCAACCAUUUGCUGAACUCAUCCAAUUACUCCCUAAGUUCGCUGUUCAGCGUCGGCUCUGUUGGAGGAUCUGUCGCGGGAUCCGUGGCCAGCUUGCAAGGAUCUACAAGGUCAAGUGUCCACGUUCCUCGUAAGAAGCAACCUUCCUGGCAGGGUCCUCCGUGCCUCAGCGCUUUGUAUCAGAUGCUAUUGGCACCGUUCGAAGAUCUUCUGCCUGCUUCUUGCAACAAUAAUCACGCUUCCCACGGCCGACGUGGUUGCGGCGGUCGCAGAGAACUAAUUGUGGUGGUAGAGGGCGCUUUAUACGCCUGUCCGUGGGGAGCACUACGCAGUGCUCCCACCCCUGGAACUCCCGGCCUCAGCGUGGCUGCUGAUGGGGAGCCAUUGUGUGAACGAUACGCACUACUGGCCGCCCCUGCAUUACGCCCGCUGAGACAUCAUCGGCACAUGAGAGCUAAACCACAUCAUGAUCAUGGUGCGAGUGCAGGCGCAGGCAGUGCCCAAGAAGCAGGAAUGCGAUGCUUGGUAGUGGGCGCUCCACGAGUGGGGGCCGCGCGCUGGGCCUCGCAGCAUGCACAGCUCAAGGAGGCGGAGCUAGUCGCAGAUAUGUUGCGCGUCACACCGCUUACUGAUUACCAGGCAUCGAAAGAAGCUGUCCUGUCGCAGCUGGCGCAGGCAGAAUGCAUUCACUUCGCCACACAUAUCUGUUGGAAAACACCUGCCAUUGUUCUCAGCCCUGGUGAAGUGGUUGACUCUCAAGCCAAGCGUUUAUUGAAUACAAGUGUUGGCAGUGGAGCUGCUGAUACAUCCACCGAAAAUGAAGAAGAAAAUCCUGAGCUGCCCCAAAGUAAUGAAGAGCUGCCACCGGCAUCGGAGUUCAUGCUGACUGCAUCAGAAAUUAUGAAUUUGAAAAUCACCGCUAGAUUGGUGGUGAUAUCAUGCGCGCCAUCCAGUGCCGCGCUCCAAGGUCCAAGUUCAGAGAACGGCGACGUACGUCUGGCCGGUGAUGGCGUAUCCCGGCUGUGUCGCGCGCUACUAGCCGCUGGAGCUCACGCCGUACUACUGGCAUUAUGGCCCGCGCCGCAAGAUACCGCCACUAAGAUACUGUAUAGGGCGCUCUAUUCCGCACUACUACAGGGUAGUAGGGUCGCAAAGGCACUAGGCGAUGCGAUGCAGACAGUCCGUCACACGAAGCACUUCGCGCACCCAGCGCACUGGGCCGGCCUCGUGCUGGUGGGAGCCAACGUGCGCCUCAGCAACAAGGUGGCGCUCAUGGGGCAGGCGCUCUGUGAGCUACUCGCCGCGCCUGACAAGUGCCGGGACGCACUACGAGUAUGUCUGCACCUGGUCGAAAAAUCCCUUCAGAGAAUUGUGAGAGGACAGAAGAACGCCAUGUACACCACCCAGAAGAGUAUCGAGAACAAAGCUGGUAGCAUCAACGGAUGGAGGGAACUGCUUAUGAGCGUUGGAUUUAGGUUUGAACCAGCAGCAAAUGGAAUUCCGUCAAGUGUAUUCUUCCCUCAAAGUGACCCUGAAGAAAGACUGACUCAGUGCUCAGCUAGUUUACAAGCUCUAUUAGGUCUGACUUCAACGACACUUCAAGCGCUGUCGAAGCUGAUUUCUAACGGCGAUGUGGCUGACGAUAUCAUCGGUGUGAUCCGCUCCGUCAUCUCACAGUUCUCCGUCAAGAACUCAGAUACUGACAUUAUUGAAGUCGCUGUUAAUGUCAGGUUAUGGCGCGUCAACGGCUGUCACGAGCUUCUAGCAUCUCUUGGUUUCGACCUGGCUGAAGUAGGCCAAGACGAAGUGACUUUACGAACUGGCAAGGCAGCUAAUCGACGACACAUACAAUUUGUUCUCCAAGCAUUACUGGCAUUGUUUGACACACAAGAAGCCCCUCGAAGCCUUAGCUUGGAGUCGAGCUCCAGCGUUGAGUCUCUGGCUUCGAUUGAUGACGGUGACUUGGAACCGCACUCUGAUGGUGAACCUCCUCCGAGACAACAUCGACAGGAAAGCGUAUCAUCAGUUCCACCGCCACCAUUGCCACUUGGAUCAUGUGGUGGCGCAUUCACAAUGUACGUCCGCGGAUCCACUUCAUCCACUGAAGUUGGCCGAGGAGAGCCUGAUGGUAGAACGGCUCCACCACCAGCACCUCCACCACCGAGAUACAGAGGAGAGAGUGACGCUGCCUUUACCCCUUCUCCCCCGGCAGCUCCACCUGCGCCGACCUCCGCUCCUCCACGAGACGUGUCGUUAGCACUUGCACACCAAACAAAGAUUAGGACUCUUUACACGAGAAGACCACCGUCCGAUGACUCCGACUGGGAAAGUUCUGGUCACGACACAGUCUUACGACGAAGACCAGAGCACUCGCAUGCAAGAUAUCUCGAUGCAUUCUAUGACCUCGCUUCAGCACAACCAAGGAGAUCAGAAGAAGAGAAGACUGACCAGGCUAUAGCUCAACCUUCGACAUCCAAACGCACACCACGCCCUAAGAUGGGAACAAGCAGCCGUGACUCAAUGGCCCAAGUUAGGCACAUGAGCGGUGAACUAACUCCAACCAUAUCCGAGGUAUACCACGAAAGGAAUAUCGGACUUGGCCUAGCUCCCCCGUUAGCAGAACUCCUUCUUGCCGAGGAGUCUAAGACGGAAAUGAGAGCAGCCAGUUCCAGUGAGAACUUAUUACUGCAGAAUCUGGAGAAACUUGGUCUUCUGGGCGAUACAAGUGAAAAUGAGGAGCGCUGGUGUGGCGCCAACUCUUCUCGACCAUGGCUAUCAGCGCCGCCGCUAGAAACCGACGUGCAAGGGUCUGACUUGACCACGGCAGAAAUCAUAGAAAGACAGACAAAGUUCAAGAAAGACGCGGAGCCAAAGAGGAAAGAAGAGAACGCUUAUGAGCUGAAACCUAAAGAAGAGACUCCGGGACCGAGUGGUAUUGAGAAACGGUCCGUGUCCCCAUUUUCUGAGAUGUCACGAAGAGACGAGGGUGAUGGUCGCAGUAUAGCGGACUCUCACUCGUCGUACAAAGCCUUAGUGCUUAGCCCUAGGGCACCUUUCUUGCCUGAAGAAGGGGAAGCAUCCAUUAGUUCGCCUGCGGAGGGGGGCAAGACUCACCCCCGCCCCCGUCGGCCGCCCGUGCCCCGCACUCGCCCUACCUACACCACGCUAGACUUUCCACCGAAUAAAUGAUUAAAACUUGUACAUUUAUACAAUUUAGGAUAUUUCUGAAAGUGUUAAUUUAUUUUAAUUGAGAGCUUGUAAGGCUAUGAUGUGACUAAAUAUAAUAUAGUGCUUUAAUUCGUCCAACUGUCAAUAUUACUGCUUAUUCUUAGAAAACAUAUCGUUAUUUAUAAAUAUUUAGUUAUUUAUUACUUUUUAAAAUUGUAAUACUUGUAAGUGUAAUUUUAAAUAGAAACUGAAUUUGUAAAGCUUAGAUAGGUUAGGCGCAACGCUUUAAGUUCUAUAACUCAUCAAUUACUUGCCAUUGUUUAAAGAUUAGUUUUAGGAAUUUUGUAAAAAG